UUUUAUGCUCAUUAUAUGUACGAAAACAUUACGACAAUGCGGCUGUGGCUGCAGUCUGUUUCUAUAGUUCCGCAUUUGAAGCGUGUUCUCUGCGUGCACAACAGUUACAAUUCGCGCGCACUCUGAAAUUUGGGUUCGCGGAGCUGGUUGUAAUCGAAGGCUCAUCGCACAUACCAGUACCCUCAACUCUUACUGCGGCUGCAGGGCCACACACGGAACCACGCAUGUUUGGCUCAUCGCACAUACCAGUAUCCUCAACUCUUGCUGUGGCUGCAUGGCCACACAUGGAACCGAGCAUGCUUGAUUCAUCUUACAGUCCUGGACCCGCAUAUCUGACUGGGGCUACAAGGUCACAAACAGACCCACAAGUGCUCGCUUUCAUGGAAAGGAUACAACAUGUGUUAAAUAGCAUGAAGCACACCCAGCAAGCCCAUUUGCAAUAUUUCAGCGAGCUGCUAAGUAAUGCCGACAGUGCAGCUCCGCACCCUCAUGGCCUCCCAGACCUGCCUUUCUCGAAUGUGGCGGAUGUUCUUGCGUAUGAAGAGAAGCUCGAGACAGACAGCAAAGCUCAUUAUCAAAUGGUAAUUUCUCUGCUUCAUGGCCUAAGCUCAGUAUAAUGUUGCCUGUCUUGUAACUACAGCAUGCUGGAGUGACUAGGCAUUUAUAAAUUCAUGUGAAUAUUACUUAUGACAGUCGGAUUAAUGACGUACUGUUGAAUUUUUACAUAGCUAGCUGCGUAUGACAGUUCUAAACAAUUUAAGUAAAGCUAGAAGCCAGCUUGUAUUUCUUUAUUACCACAAGAUCAUUUAGGUUGCAAAACAUUCAAAGUAAACUGGAUCCCAAUGUGUCUUUCUAGCUGUAUAUCUUCUUGUUUCCUUUUAACAGAAAAAGCACAUGGCUGUACAAGGGGGAGAUUCGACGAAACAGAAAAGAACACGUGUACUGCAGUCCCUCCUCAGCUGGAAUGCUGCAGUGGGCUUCAGUUGGUUUGGCACAAAGUGAAAGAAAAUUCUGUGAACUGCACCUCUGCAAGCUGAUGUGCGGUGAGUCAGGUGUAGCAAG